AUGACGUGGUUUGGGUCUUCUACGUCUGCGCAACAACUCGAGUUAGACAAUAAAAUUGCAGAUGCUACUUCGGAAUCCAUUCCUAAUGGUGACUUGGACCUAAGGGUAGCUUUAGACGUUACAGAUUUCAUUCGAUCAAGAAAAUUACCAGCUCAAGCAUGUAUGAGGAGUUUGAAAAAAAGGUUGAAUUUGGUAUACCUGAAUCCGAAUCUAAUCACAAGUACUUUAAAGCUUGUUGACUUAUGUGUCAAGAAUUGUGGGUUUCCUUUUCUUGUGGAGAUCAGUUCUAGAGAGUUUAUGGAUUAUUUUGUAAAUUUCAUCUUCAAAGUACAUUAUAAUACAAAGGACUCUAUUAUCAAAUACGAUGAAGCCAAAUUAAAAGUGGGCGAACUCAUUUUAUCGUUGAUCAAGCAGUGGAAGGUUUUUUUUCAAAACCAACUACAAUUGAAUUAUGUUGAGAAGAAAUACCAGGAGUUGGUAAAUGAAGGAUUUGAGUUUCCGUCGGUUCCUGAUGAACAUCGAGGAGGAGAUAGCAGCAAAUUCAUUGAUUCUGAAGUUCCACCAGAUUGGAUCGAUAGUGAUUCAUGUAUGAUUUGCUACACCCCGUUUUCGAUGCUAAACAGGAAACAUCAUUGUCGUGCUUGCGGAGGUGUAUACUGUCAACAGCACUCUGGAAACAAUACACAAUUGGUGAAUUUGGGAAUCAUGGAACCUGUGAGAGUGUGUGAUAAUUGCUAUGCCAAACAAAAGCACAAGGGAGGAGACAAUUUUUCGAGUAAUGCAACCGCCCAUGCUAGGAAAAGUAAAACUGCCGCUGACGAAGAGGAUGAACAGUUAAAGAGAGCUAUUGAAUUGAGCUUACGAGAUACUGGUAUUGAUGCUCAACCGCCAGUAUCUCGAUCAGAACUUUCAAGAAUUGCGAGGAAUGAGGAAGAGGGGAGGAAGAAGGAGGAGAACAACGAAGAGGAGGAGGAGGAGGAGGAUGCAGAUAUGAAGGCCGCAAUAGCAGCAAGCUUAAAGGAAUAUGAGUCUUUUAAUCCUAGAAAACUAGAAUCAGAACCCAUUGAAAACCCUUUCCAAGAAGAGGUUUCUCAAGAACUGGAACUGGAUCUUUACAACAUUGAUUUCGUUCCCAUUACUAGCAAUAAUCGUCAAAAUGUAAACACAAGGUAUGCUCAGGUAUACAAUCCACCGCCACAACAUCCAGAGACUUCAGCACUGAGACUGGGCUAUAAUCAAAAUAUUGACUCACAAUCCGCAAUACAAAUACAAACACAAACACAAACGCCACUAUCACCACCGCCAGCACAACAGGACCUCUCUCAAGCAGAAGAAGAGCAAAUCAAUUUAUUCAUUACACUUAUGAACAAUCUACGGAGUGACCCUAAAAAGAGAGCUAAUAUUAUGUAUGACGAAAACUUGAAUGAGUUACAUUCACAAAUUAUACGGUUAAAGCCAAAGGUUAACAAAUCAUUGAGGCAGGCUAUGGAUAAGUACAGUGCUUUCUUAGAGAUGAGUAAUAAGUUGAGUACAAUCACCAGAUUGUAUGAUCAGUUUUGGGAACAAAAACUCAACAUGGGUAUGCAAGCAACUGGGUUUGGUUUACAGAAUACAUCAUACCCAGCGUACCCAGAAAUUCCAUACACUAGCACCAACACCGGCGCCCCCGCCUCUGCCGCUCCCGCCCCUGCAUUCAUACCCACGGACCCAACACACUUAGCUCAGAAUUACAGGCCUUCUUUAGAAGAAAACUCUGAAUUUGAGAACUAUAAUUUGCAACUGAAUAAUCUGCGCCAGGCUAUCAACGUUCCUACUGAACCCAAUUAUGAGGAGCAAGAAGAAGAAGAAGAAGAAGAAGACGAGGACAACGAGGAGGGAGGAAGAGGAGGAGGAGGAGGAAGAGGAAGAGGAAGAGAAGAAAGAGAUCAAGAAGAAGAAGCAGUUCCACGUCAGAGACACUCAAUUUACCCUGCAAAUGAAAAUUUACCUGAGUCAAGUGAAAGUGAUAACGAAAGGAAUGGUCAAUCGAGCGAUUACGUCACUGUGUCACUCCCGCAUUUUCCUCCGCCAGAAGAUUUGAAUAAUGAAUUACCUGUUCAGUCUUUUAUACGCCAUGCAUCAAGUAAGUUGUCACCACAUGCGUACGAGGAAGCGUCUAUGAAGUACCCGGCAUUAGAGACGGUUGAGAAUGAAUUUGGAAGGAACAAGAGUGAACCAGAUCCAAACUAUGGUCAAGAAAAACAAAAGACUUUUGGUGAUUUGCCACAACUUCCUUCAAACUUGCCAGCUUUCAAUGAAAGUCAGCAAUCAAAGAAACAAUACGAGCCGGAGCCAUUAAUUGAUUUGUAA